AUGGCCGUGGUUAUCGCCAAGGGAAUGGCAAAUAAGCGGAACACGACGGAUUUGCGCUGCGUGGAAGACACGGAAGUGGAGCCGAUGGCAACAGCGACCACGACUCGAACCACAGCCCGAAGCUGCUGUUUUGGAGGACUCCAAACUGCGUGUUGUGGAGGACCCAAGCAACGCAGCUCCAGCAUCCGGUGGAAACCGAACCCCAAAAAUGUGUUGGUUCUGGAGGCCAGUGAGCCUCGCAAAAAUCCCAUUUUUGCAAGACUCACUGAGCCUCAUUUGCAAGACGCACUGCGGCAAGUUGUUGCAGUGGGAACUUCCAACUGCAGUGACUUAUUGCAGCAGCCAGUUGUCACUGAGGCAAGUUGUGGUAGCGGCAAGUUGAACAGCUUGCAGCAGCAACACAGUUUCUUGUUUCAGAAGGAGAAGUCAAGUGAUGUUUCUCUCAUUCAAGAAACCACAGAAUCCACAGUGAAGUCAGCAUUGCCUUUGCUUGAUUACAAUCUUGAAGUCACUCAAUGGUUGUGGAGAAACUUAGGAGGACCCAUUUCAGAAGCCACACCAACAUCCAUUUCAGUGCAACACAGUUUCUUGUUUCAGAAGGAGAAGUCAAGUGAUGUUUCUCUCAUUCAAGAAACCACAGAAUCCACAGUGAAGUCUGCAUUGCCUUUGCUUGAUUACAAUCUUGAAGUCACUCAAUGGUUGUGGAGAAACUUAGGAGGACCCAUUUCAGGUAAAUCC